AUGCCGAGAGCGCAAAGAGCACGCAUUAGCAGAAGAACUGCCAAUGCAACUCGAAUGUAUAACAGAAGGCAACAAAAUAACACACCAGAACGUUCUCAAACACGUGCUCAGGAGCUACGUAACGCUUUGAGUAUGAAAUCAGCGUUUAAUUAUCAAUCCGAGAUUGAUUAUUUAAAUAUUAAAGCACUUCAAAUUGGACGAAUGACUAUAUUAUGUCCUAAGUGCCAUGCAAAAAAAUGGAAAGAUGAAACCCAUGGACUUUGCUGCGCUGACGGUAAAGUUGUUUUACACCAAUUUGAGGAUCUUCCAGACCUAAUUAAAAGUUUAAUUGAUAAUUCUCACCCUCUAUCAAAACAUUUCUUUAAUAAUUCUAGACGGUAUAACACUCUGUUCCAAAUGACAUCGUUUGGAGCAAACGAAAUAAGUGAAGGGAACUUCAUGCCCUCUUUUAAAAUUCAGGGUCAAGUGCAUCAUUUAAUAGGUAGUUUAUUACCCGAAAUUGAAAAUAAUGCUAAAUUUUUACAAAUAUAUUUUAUGUCAGAGUCGGAUCAAAUAUAUAUUCGAACAAAUAUGAUUCCAAAUUUAAAAAGAGGUCUCAUUGAAUCAUUGCAAACAGUUUUGCGUGAAAAUAAUCACCUCAUACAGAGCUUUAGAUCUAAUCUGGAGUCGAGGUCGUUUGAUGAGUUGCAAAACUUUAAGUUAAUUAUUCAUGCUGACAGAGUUCCUCAAGAUGAACACAGAGGUCAAUAUAAUGCACCUACCAUCGAUGAAGUAGCUGUAUUAUUAGUUAAUGAAGAUAAAGGUCCCAGAGAUAUAGUUCUGCAUGGUCGGAGUGGACACUUGAGUCGAGUUUCAGAAUUGAAUAGAUCUUAUGAUGCACUGCAAUAUCCAUUGAUGUAUACUAGAGGCGAAGACGGUUAUCACAUUAAUAUAUUACAGGAAAAUAACCAAAAUCGAACCAAAACUGUAUCCUGCAUGCAAUUUUAUUCUUAUAGGUUUAUGGUUAGAGAAACAAGUCUAAAUCAUCUACAUUAUUACAAAACAUUAUUCAGCCAAUUCGCCGUAGAUAUGAUGGCAAAAAUGAUUUCUGAAAGACUACACUUUAUUCGUAACCAUCAAAAACAACUACGUGCGGAUGAUUAUGUUCACCUCCGAGAUGCUGUUAACAAUGAUGCAAAUAUUAAUGCUAAUAACGUGGGGCAACAAGUAAUUCUUCCCUCCUCUUUUACUGGCUCCCCACGUUACAUGCAUGAAAAAAAUCAGGAUGCCAUGACUUAUGUUCGUAAAUUUGGCCGUCCAGAUUUAUUUAUUACUUUUACAUGCAACCCGGAAUGGCUGGAAAUAAAAAAUGAAUUAUUUCAAGACCAAAAGUCGUUUGAUAGACACGAUAUAAUCUCUAGAGUUUUUCAUCUCAAACUAAAAAAGUUUAUGCAUGUAUUAAAAAAUAAAUAUAUUUUCGGAGAUGUCAAUUGUUAUGUUUACAGUGUUGAAUGGCAAAAACGAGGUUUGCCACACUGCCACAUUCUUUUGUGGUUACAAACGAAAAUUCAGCCAGAUGAAAUUGAUAAAAUUAUUUCUGCCGAGAUACCAAACAAAGACAGAGAUCCUAUACUUUAUGAAAUAGUAUGCAAGAAUAUGAUUCAUGGCCCAUGCGGCGAGUUAAAUAUUAGAUCGCCAUGUAUGAAUAAUGGAAAAUGUAGUAAGAAAUACCCUCACAAAUUGGUCAAGGAUACUCAAACUGGAGAUGAUGGUUAUCCGACUUACCGACGGAGAUCACCAGAUGAUGGAGGUUAUACUGCAAUAUUAAAAGUUCGUGGUCAAACAGAAAUCGUGGUUGACAACCGUUGGGUUGUACCGUAUUGUCCAGUGCUAUCUAGGUGCUUUAAUGCGCAUAUUAACGUAGAAUACUGUCAUUCGGUUAAAGCGAUAAAAUACAUAUGUAAAUAUAUAAAUAAAGGAUCAGAUAGAGCUACUUUUUCUGUUAAUCGUGAAAACGAUGAGAUUACAAAUUAUUUGAAUGGUCGAUACAUAUGUACUUCUGAAGCGUUUUGGAGAAUUUUCAAUUUUGAUAUCCAUGAUAGAGAUCCGACAGUUCAGCACUUGGCUGUUCAUCUAGAAAAUGGACAGCGUGUUUUCUUUAAUGCUAAUAAUCUUCAUCAAGUUAUUGAAAAUCCAAGAAAAACGACACUAACUGCAUUCUUUGAACUGUGUUCACAUGAUGAUUUUGCGAAAACACUGUUCUAUCAUGAAGUUCCUUCUUAUUACACCUGGGAUAAUAGCAGAGGCUGGUUAAAGAGAAGACGGGGAAAAGAUGUUCCAGGUUGGCCAGGAAUAAAAAUGGACACUGCCAUUGGUAGAAUUUACACGAUUCACCCAAAUCAAAGUGAGUGCUACCAUUUAAGAUUGUUACUUAAUUAUGUAAAAGGUCCUACUUCAUUUGAAAGCCUGAAGGCCUUUGAUGGAGUCAUUCACGCGACUUUUAAAGCUACCUGUUUUGCUCUUGGGCUUUUAGAAAAUGACGAGCAAUGGAAAAAUACUCUGGCGGAGGCAACUCUUUCAGAAAGUCCUUCAAAAUUAAGAGAAUUAUUCGCAAUAAUCAUAGUUUUCUGCCAACCGUCUGAACCUCAAUCUUUGUGGGAACAGUUCAGAAAUGAUUUUUGUGAAGAUAUUCUUCAUACAGAGCGCACUCGAUUAAAUGACUUGCAAUUUACUUUUUCUGAUGAAAUAUUUAAUAGAGGUUUGAUUGAAAUAGAAGAUAAAGUUGUUUGUCUGUCUGAAAAAUAUUUAACUGAAUUUGGAAUGAACUCACCUGUUCGAAAUGAAAAUGCAUCUGAUCCUUUUGAAUUCUCAAUUUUGCGUUCUUACGAUAAUAACCGAUUACAAGAAUUUAAAGCAUCCUCAGGUAAAGUUGCAUUAGCAGUAGCUUCAUCUGGUAUAGUAGCAACUCUCCUUAGUGGCGGCAGAACUGCUCACUCGACUUUCAAGUUACCAUUAAAUGUAUUAUUUGAUACAGAAUACGUUUGUCCGAUUCGUAAAAAUGGCCCUCUUGGAAAAAUUCUUCAAGAAACCUCAUUCGUUGUGUGGGAUGAGUGUACGAUGAGUCACAGAUCACAUAUCGAAGCAAUUGAUCGAACAUUAAAAGAUCUUAGGUGUAAUAAUAAGUUUAUGGGUGGCAUAACAUUUGUUUUCGCUGGUGAUUUCCGUCAAAACUUACCAGUAAUCCCUAAAGGUACUCGAGCUGAUGUCGUUAAUGCUUGCUUAAAAUCUUCCCCUAUAUGGAACUAUGUUGAAAAACUUUAUUUGCGAACAAACAUGAGAGUUUAUUUAUGCGGAGGGGACGAUAUUUUUCCAGCACAGUUGUUGAAAAUUGGAAAUGGAACUUUAGAAAAUGAAAAUGGUUACAUUUCUGUCAAUCACACGAUUGGACGGGUGGUCAAUAACGUGGAAGAGUUGAUUUCUACAGUUUAUCCUGACAUUUUUAAUAUGUCCAAUAAAUCUUAUCAGUGGUUAUGUGAAAGAGCUAUUAUCUCUCCAAGAAAUGUAACAGCAGAAGAAAUUAAUGAUAUCAUCCUUCUAAAAUUCGACGGACACUCACGUGAAUAUCUAUCUAUUGAUACAGUUACAUCAACAGAUGAUGCUAUUCAUUAUCCACAAGAAUUUCUCAAUUCUCUUUCUCCUUCGGGAUUUCCUCCUCAUAAACUAAAAUUAAAAAUUGGUGCUCCAAUUACAUUAUUACGUAAUCUUCAACCACCGAACUUAUGUAACGGUACAAGAUUACAAAUAAAAUCGUUGCGAAAUAAUAUUAUAGAAGCAGUAAUUAUUACAGGGCCAGCGAAAGGAGAAAUUGCAUUUAUUCCAAGAAUUCCCAUGAUUCCGUCUGACUUGCCGUUUUCUUUCAAACGGCUUCAAUUCCCGGUUAAAGUUUCUUUUGCGAUUACAUUAAACAAAGAACAAGGUCAAACAUUCAAUUAUAAUUACCGACCAAAUUUAGAGCAGCUGGGAUUUUUCAAAUUUGAAGUAGCCAGUAACCAAUUUUUAAAUGACGACAACACUCGCACAAAAAACGACAAAAAUCAUUGA